AUCGGCCGUCAUUUGCCGCAGUUAAGAUAAAAACGCAAACGCUGCAACAGUCGAGGCAUUCGCGAGUUAAUUGCAUUUAAAAUUAUGUCACAAAGCUGAUAAACGCUUCAAUAAUCAUUCACAACAGCAACUGCUUGACGAAAGGAGCGCCAGAGCAGCCGAAAGCUCUUCCCAUGGAUCGCAGCUUGGAUUCCAUUGGCAGCUGUUCAUUAGAUGUUGAUGCCGAUUCAUCCGACAUAUCAGACACAAGCGGCAGCUUAAACUUUCCAACGCCCCUCUCCGUCAAGGACAUAACGCGCGAAUUUACGGCCAACAUAAAGGAACGUUGCACACUGCGUACGCUAACCACAAACGCCUACGUCAAUCUGGAUCAGAGCACGGGCGGUGUGCGCAUGGUGCUGUCACCGCCGGACCACCUGGUCGAUGACUCGCAGCAGCAGCAGCAGCAGACCCAUAACAACGGCAGCAACGGCGGCGUCCUCGUGGAUGCGGCAGAGAAGAAGCCGAGCUAUUUGAAUUUGGCGUGCUGCGUCAACGGCUACUCGAAUCUGACUACCUACGACUCGAAGAUACGGCAGGAUAUCAACAAGUCGCGCGAAGUAUCGCCCAUACGAGCCUCCACGAGCAGCCUGCAGUAUUGCAAGCGCAACAAUUCGCUGGCGGCGCCGCUGCUGCACACAAUGCCGCUCACCCAGCAGCCCAACAAAUACACAAUGAUCAUCAACGAGACAAACAACAACAACAGCAGCAGCAAAAACGGACAUCUGGAGAACGGAGAUGGACACGGAUAUUGCAAUGGCAGCGCCGCAACGACAACAACAACAACCGGCAGCUUUAUACAGCAGCGCGUGGAGCGUCUCUACGGUCCGGGCGCACUUGCUCAGGGCUUCUACAGUCCCAAAAAGCACAGCGCGUCGCCCGUUGCACGACAGCAGCAGCUGCUGCAGCAGCAGCAACAAUCGCAGCAACAAUCUCGGCAGGAGUCGCCACAAAUCACGGAGCUGUCGCGCAAGUUUAAGCAGCUCUCGCCCAGCAAGGAUUACGGCGAGUUUCGCAAGAAACUCCAAACGAAUUGCACACAAGCUGCGACGGCCCGCUCGCAAUCGGAGCAGCCGGCGGCCACGCACAACGGCGAUGUCGACUUGCCCGUCUUUAGGCAUUUGAGUCAUGAGUUCCGUGCACAGCUGCCGACGGUAUCGCCCAAGCGCAAUGUGCAGCGCCUUUCGCCGGCGCCGGAGCUGGUGGUGCCGGUGCCGCCGCCGCCGGCGGCGGAUGUGGUGGAUCAUGAGCCCGUACGCACCGAGGAGGAGUACUUGGGCACCACCAAAAUCUCGGCGCCCGUCGAGCUGGCCGCCGCUGCCAAGACCAUGCCUGAAACCAAGAAAACGGCGGCGGCCGUGGUUAAGGAUGGCAACUAUUUCCUGAAAAUACUGAAAGACGAACAGGUUCGUCUGCUCGCGCUGGCCGCCGUAGCUGACAAGUAUAUCGAUGCCUUGACUAACAAUCCCGAUAUCACGGAGGACACUUUCGGGCUACUGCGUUCGGCCUCCGGCAAGGCGCGUCUGCUUGCCACACAGAAAAUGAAACAGUUCGAGGGUCUUUGUCACAACAAUCUGAAUCGCUCGCCGGAGGAUGCGUUUCCCACCACGCUCGACGAUUUGCAGGGCUUCUGGGACAUGGUUUAUUUGCAGGUGAUGCAUGUCGACACCAUAUUCGAGGAUAUUGAGGAACUAAAGCGCAGCGACUGGCAGCGCGCUAUCGAGCCCAAGUUGGACAACAAUAAGACAACAACAAAACCAGCUGCAAAGUCGGGCAAAGCGAAAACAACUGGAGGAGCUGCGUCGAAUGCGGUGGCAGCGAUGAAGCGGGAGGCGCAGCGUAAACAAUUGCUGGAAAUGAAGCGUCAGCGUCGCGAGGCAUUGGCCAAAAAUCAAGCGGCGGCCUGUGAUGAACUUGUCGCAGAUCUAGAUACAGUCAACAUUGGCGUGAAGAACAGCAGCUGAAUUGUGCUAAAUAGCAAUUGCAACAACAACAACAACAACAACAUGCUCUCUAGUUAUAUACAUAAAUAUUAAAUUAACUCACACACACACAAAUAACACACUCAUGCACACACGACACGAAAUACUUAGAAAUUCCUAGUUGAAUUAAUCCUUAACUAGUCCCAACUAAAAUAUAUUUAUGCGCACGGUGCGGAGCUUUUAAUACAUAUUGCAUAAUUAAAUUGGAAUUGUGUCGCAACAAGAAACAUUAUCAGCUUGCGCCCCAUCAAAACUACUUUAUACAAAACAAAACAAAAACAAACAAAUCUACACACAACACACACACACACACAUUAAUAUAUUAAGAGUUAUCAACGUUAACGGCUCGUCGUAAUUGUUUAUAAAGUUUGCCUUAUCUACGUGUUUUUUGCUCGUUAAUCAUUUUGCUGUGCACCCAAAAAACAAACGUAACAAGAACCGAGAGUUUUUGUUUUUAUUACAAAACUCAUGCAACAUUUAUAAAAGACAUUUAUUUUUGUGUAAUUGUAUUAGCGACCUAAGUGCAACAAACAAACAAACAAACGAAAAACUAAAAAACAAUUGAUAUUUUAACGCGACGUAAAUGAAUCUAAAUUUUAUAUAUAUAUAUAUGUUUUUUCGGCCCAUUAGCUGCAUGUAUUGAGAUUUUUGUUAGUUUGUAAGUUUCGAUGCAAAAGCAAAACACAACAAACACACACACACACACACACACGGAAAAGAAAAGAAAACAAUCUCACUCUUAAUUAAUUUAUAAUGUUUUGUAAUAAAUUAUUUUUCACUUAA